AUGUCGCUGCUGGAAGAACGUGCUGCUCUUGGAACUCCUGCGAGGAAAUGGAAAUGCACGAGCGCCUUCAUCCAUUGUCAACGUCGGCGGCCGCUAUGCUCAACCGUCAACUCCGAGGCCAGAGCAGCCACCAACCACGAUGCGAAGCAGAGCAACCCCAAGCCCCAUCACCAUCGAAGACACGGAGCUAAGCACUUCAGCUCAGCUAGGUCGGCGAGGACAGGCGCCGACGCGAUGCAGCUCCCGAGGAUCGACUUCUCCGGCGUGGACCCGUCGGCGCCGGGCGCCGGGACCUGGUCGGCGGUGCGCGCCCAGGUGAUGGAGGCGCUGACCACCGUCGGCUGCUUCGACGCGCAGUAUCCGGCCCUGGCCCCGGAGCAACGCGCCGCGCUCUUCGACGGCGCCGUGAGGCCGCUCUUCGCGCUGCCGGUCGACGCCAAGCGCCGCAACUACUACGGCGCCGACAAGCCCUUCCACGGCUACCUCGGCGACAUCCCGGGCUACGAGAGCCUCGCCAUCGUGGACGGCACCAAGCUCGAGCUCGUCCGCGACUUCGCCGGCCUCAUGUGGCCCGACGGCGGCAGCAACGACGGCUUCUGCAAUGCCGUCCAUGGCGCGGCGUCGCGGAUCUUCGAGCUCGAGGAGGCGGUGCGGAGGAUGGUGAUGGAAGGGCUCGGGGUGGCCAAGUACCACGACGCGCUGAGAGCGUCCACGUGGCACCUGUUCCGGAUGUCGGAGUACCAGGCGCCUCACGCCGCGGAGAAGACGGUGAGGUUCGGGUCGCAUCAGGACACCAAUUUGCUCAGCAUCGUGUGCCAGCACGAGGUGGAAGGGCUGGAGGUGCAGACGAGGGACGGGGAGCGGGUCCUCGUCAAGCCGUCGCCGACGUCGCUCGUCGUCAUGGUCGGCCAGGCACUCCGGGCUUGGACAAACGACCGUCUAUACGCACCAUUUCACCGGAUUACUGUCGGUGGGGAUGCCACCAGGUACUCUGCCAUGUUGUUCUCCGUCCCGAAUUUCCAGAUUCAGGCGCCAGGUGAACUUGUGGACGACGAACACCCUCCACGUUUCAAGCCCCAUGACAACAAUGACUACAUCCGCUUCUGUGUUUCCGAAGACGGUGCUCGCCACGAAGAUAAGCUCAAGGCCUUCUGUGGAGUGUAACUACACACGUCUGCAGUUCAGCCCGGUGUGCACCAUCGAAUUGAGCAAUCUGUACGGCCGUCUGGCAUUCGUUUUGUUCGUGUGAACGGCUUUGCAUCAGAGAUGCGAUAUUAACCCUGCUGUCUGAAGACUGGAAAGUUUAGGACCGACCGGAGAAGAUACCGGUUCCGUUUCUAAACGUCGGCGUGUUUGAUCCUCGAGCUAAAGUUUAACCCUUAUCA